AUUAUCAUCAAAAUAUAGUCAAGUAUAGAUAAUUGUUAGAAGCAUUUGUUCCCUAAAUAAGACAAAUACAUUCAGCUGCACUUUACAAUUGAUAGAAAAAAUCGCCUUGAUUUUACAACUGUUUAUGUAUAAGUAAUUAACUAGUUCAAUUUACUUUAAUAAUAAAUAUAUAAGAGUUUGAAUUUCAUAUUUGUUUGAAUUUAUUAGAUUUAGUUGUGUUUUUAAUAAGUAAAUAUUUAUAUUUAUACUAUGACUGAAGAACUGGUUGUUUCAACUCCAACCAUUCCAUCUACUGAUGAGAAAAAUGGUCCAACUCAAGCAUCACCAUCAUCAUCAAUUUCAUCUAUAAAUAGUGAUAGUUCAACAGGUAAAUUAAUUAAAAAAUUAUCUUCAGCUAAUUUAGUUGAUGAUGCUAAUACUAAAUUAAAAAUUCCAAAGAAUAAUAAUACUGAUAAUAAGAAAAAACCAGUUAAAUUUACUGUAAGAAAAGUUUCUCAUGAACCAAUUGUAUCACCAUUAACAUCUCCUAUUUUACAAAAUCAUCCUAUACCAAAUAUUCAAAAGAAUAAUAAUAUAAGAGUUAUAUCACAAACAAAUGAAGAUAAUCAAGCUAUAAAAGAUGGAGAAAAAGUAAGAGUGGCUGAAUAUAAAUAUGAACAAUAUCAAGAAAGAAUACAAAAAAUUGAAAAAGAAAUUGUAUUUUUACUGAAUUUAUUACCACCUUAUAAUGUGGAGAUAGACUAUAGUACACGAACGAAAAUUACUAAAGCUAUUGAGAAAUUAAAGAUGAAACAAGAUGAAAUAGAAAAGAAAAAGUAUACUUUGGGUAUAACUAUUAGUAGAUUAAGAAGAGACCAUGAAGAGAGUGAUAUUUGGAUAAGGAAUUUUAGUAAUCAAUAGUUAGUAUAUACUAUUGUUACUUAUUAUAUUUACUUCAUUUCUGUAUAUUAUAUGAGAUUUGGUGUGGAUUCACCGUUAUUUACCUCUUUAUGACAUUAUUAAAAUGU